ACUACAGGACAUAUAAAUACACUAAGCUAGUCAUACGAAUAUCCUUCUUGGCAACUUGAAUGCUUGUUGACAUCUUAGAUUAUUUCGAAGAACAAAAGAGCACAUUUCAGAGCAGACACUAUGACUUGCUGCAAAACAGACUGCAUUGAAAAACCUCUAUCCAGGUUAUUUGAGAAAUUUGGACGUAUUGUGGGCAACCACCCCUUCUGGUUUCUCAUAAUUCCUCUGCUUCUCUCUGCUGGCUUAGGAGGGGGAUUUUACUUUCUAAAAGAAAGAGAGACAAAUGACAUCGAGGAGCAAUAUACACCAGUGAAUGGACCCGCCAAGCGCGAAAGAGAUUUUGUCAAGGAAAACUUUCCUCAAAAUGAUACAAUGUUUUCUAGUCAGAGGCUCUAUACCGAUGGCACAUAUGCAUCUCUAAUAGCAGUUUUUAAAUCAAAUGUUCUGUCAAAUGCAGAAUUAGAAACUGGGGCAUUUGAGAGAAUUAACAAUUUGGAUAAACAAGUCAUCAAUAUUGCUGUGAAGGAUGGACAAGAGCAGUUUACAUUCAAAGACAUUUGUGUAAAGUCCUCAGAAGAAAUUAAGUUUCCUGGACUUAAUCUAACCUCACAAUUUGGUGGAAUCAAUAAGAGUGACAGUGUUUUAGCAAUUAGACUUUAUUACUACAUACAACAAGACAACAAAACAAGAUCUGAUCUAUGGCUGGAUCAAUUCCGAAAAUUCUUCUCCAGCAGAUUGACGAUCAGUGAUAUGGAGGUGUUUUAUUUUACGUCAAAAUCUCUACAGGAGGAGUUUGAGAAAAAUUCUGAAGAAGUGAUACCUUUAUUUUCUGGCACAUACAUUCUUGGCAUCACCUUCUCAAUAAUAUCAUGCAUGAGGCUGGACUGUGUCAGGAACAAGGUGUGGGUGGCUGCCUUGGGAGUGCUCUCUGCUGGUUUGGCGGUGCUGUCCUCCUUUGGAUUGAUGCUGUACAUCGGUGUGCCCUUUGCCAUGACUGUGGCCAACUCUCCCUUCCUGAUACUCGGGAUUGGUGUUGAUGACAUGUUCAUUCUCAUCUCCUGCUGGCAGCAGACUAAUGUUCAUGCCAAGGUUGAGGACCGUCUGGCAGACACCUACAAAGAGGCGGCCAUCUCCAUCACCAUCACCACCCUGACAGAUGUCUUGGCUUUCUACGUCGGCCUCAUCACACCGUUCCGCUCAGUGUGGUCUUUCUGUCUGUACACCAGCUCUGCCAUUCUGUUCUGUUACAUUUACAGCAUCACGUUCUUUGGGGCGGUCCUGGUGCUCAACGGACGAAGGGAAAACAGCAACAGGCACUGGCUGAUCUGUAAGAAGGUUCCAGAGGAAUGCCCACCUGGUCGCUCCAAAGUGUUCAGCCUCUGCUGUGUGGGAGGAGCUUAUGAUCACCAAACUGGAUAUGAGGAAAUCCAGCCAAUGAAUCACUUCUUUAAAAUGUACUAUGGGCCGUUUCUGACCAAGACCUGGACCAAAGCAAUGGUUAUUCUGCUCUAUGCAGCAUAUUUGGCAGGUAGUAUUUAUGGGUGUUUCCAGAUACAACAGGGCUUAGAUCUCAAAAAUCUGGUACCUGACAGCUCCUACACUGUUAAAUAUUAUAAAAAUGAAAAAGAGUACUUUGCUGGAUAUGGUCCAAAUGUUAUGAUAAUAGUGAAGAAUCAAUUUCCAUACUGGAAUGAAAACAGUAGGUUUGAACUUGACACUUGUAUCGAAGACUUUAAAAAUCAACCGUACGUCAAAAAGAACGGAUUUACAUCUUGGCUGAAAUCAUAUGAAGAUUAUGCAGUGACAAAUAAUUUGAAUUUAAAGGAUGAAUCUGUGUUCAAGACCAAUUUAUGCUCAUUUCUUGAGAGCUCUGAUAUCAAGCAAGAUGUCAAUUUCACCAAACAAUCCAUUCAUUCCACUCGUUUCUUUAUCCAGAUGGAAAACAUUACCACUGCUGUUGAUGAAAUGAAGAUGCUGAACACACUUAGAGACAAGGCGAGAAAAUGCCCUGUCCCAUUACUGGUUUAUCACCCUGCAUUUAUCUACUAUGACCAGUAUACAUUCAUAGUCAGCAAUACCAUCCAGAAUAUAGUUGUCACCACAGGAGUCAUGCUGCUGAUCUCCCUCUUACUGAUUCCAAACCCUGUAUGCUCUCUGUGGGUGACGUUCUCCAUUGCCUCCAUCAUUGUGGGUGUCACUGGUUACAUGGCUUUGUGGGAUGUUAAUUUAGACAGCAUAUCCAUGAUCAUUCUUGUUGUCUGCAUUGGGUUCUCAGUGGACUUCUCUGCACACAUUUCUUACGCCUUUGUCUCAAGCAACAAGCCCACCGCCAAUGAGAAGGCCAUUGACGCACUCUACACCCUGGGCUAUCCCAUAGUGCAGGGGGCUGUUUCUACCAUAGUGGGGGUGGUGGUGCUAUCGGCAUCACAGAGCUACAUCUUCAGAACCUUCUUCAAAAUCAUGUUUCUGGUUAUCCUAAUAGGGCUGUUCCAUGCCAUCACUUUCAUCCCAGUGUUUCUGACCUUAUUUGAUAUUUGCAGAAGCCCAGGUGAAAGCAAAGGUCAAGACAAGCUGACUUACAAUGACAAGAAAUUAGAGAACACCCAUAACCCAAGUACACAGCAUGACAGGAAAAUUCUAAAAAAAAGGGUUUAUGAAAAUGGAGCGUUUUAUAUGUAUGAUGAUCGAAACCAGGUUCAAGAACACAAUGGUGUUUUGUCCAUUGACCACAGUAAUCCGCACUUACUAUAUGGUCAAACGAGCAUGACAAGUCAUACUAAAUCAUAUAUACUGAACACUCAUCAGACAUACAUGUACAGUGGAAUUAAUAAUGUGAGUAAUAAUCCUCACCAAUCGCUGCAUUUCAGUGAUAUGACAACACAUGCUAGGCAUGCUAUCUCAGACCCUGACUGCCCAUGAUGUUUAAAUGUUUCAUAUGAACAUAAGAAAAUUGUACAAACAGAAAUUGUAGAUUUUUCCUGUUCUAUUAUGUACUGUACUGUUAUGUAUUAUUACAUUAAUAUAUUUUAUGUUUUUUUGAGAUAGUGUUUUGUUGUUUUGUUUGAGUUAAUAUGUUUAAUUGUAUACUGUAUAUAUGUGUGAAUUUUCUACUGACAUAACUAAUAAAUAUUAUCCAAACUUCAUAAUUACUGACUAACAUUGUAGUUAAAAUGGGAGGGGGCCUGAACUCUCUAAAUCAAUAAAUCUAACCUUAUUAACCUCAUUUGUGAACGUAACAAAUGAUGACUUGCUGAGCCGGAGGUCAGCAUGAGUGAUGCGAUAUAAAUGUUAUAAAUGCUCAGAGGGACUGCCCCUCUGUAGGAUUUGAACAUCCUG